AGUCAAUCAAAACAUGGCGGAAGGAGAGGAGAGAAGAACGAACGCUGCUGAGAUUGUCAAAUAUCAUCUCUCACACCUAGAAAUCUGCAUCAGACUUGCUUGGUAGCCUAAACACUGGACAGAUCUUUCUAUUGAGAUCUAGCUUACAGGUCUAAUUUCAAGAUUUCAAAAUGGUUCAAGCCACACAAGAAGAGGUUCAGGCAGUAUUGGAGAUGACAAAGGGGAUGACUAUGCUUAAAGCAGGAAGAAUGGGAAGGCCUCAUUUUAGGAAGUUCAAAUUGUCUAAAGAUUUAACAUAUUUGCAAUGGGAGUCACCAAGAAAAGAAAAAGAAAAAUCUGUUGUCAAAAUUUCCCAAAUGAUUGAAUUGGUGAAAGGACAGAAGACAAAGGUGUUUGAAAACUGUCAAAUCCCACAAUAUGAGUGUUUAUCAUUCUCAUUGGUGUACAGGAUCAGCAAUGGCUCCUCAAGAACCCUUGAUAUUGUUUGUAAGAGUACCCAAGAGUAUCAGAUAUGGACAACUGGAUUGCAGGCACUACUGACUGGCUUUAGUGACAGAAAGACUUUAGACUCAAUGCUUGGUGAAGCUGUGGAAACUGACCAACCUGAUGGAGAAAAUGUUAAGGUGGAAUUUAGUCGAUUGGGUAUGGAAACUAUCAAGUACAAAGAGGAUGCUUGUGAUGUCUACACGUGGGGUAAAUGUACCAAAGGAAUGCUGGGUCAUGGGGAGGAUUCAGAAGAGAUGUCACCUCGUGUUGUGGAAGCCUUGUUAGGAAGAGAUAUCAGGAAGAUUGCUUGUGGUGCAUCACAUAUGCUAGCUCUUUCAAGAGACGGAGAUGUGUUUUCGUGGGGCAAUGGACAUGGUGGCCGUCUUGGCCAAGGUCAUCUAAGAGACCGAUUCACGCCACUAAGAAUCGCUUUCCUUCACGAUAAAGACGUUGUGGAGGUUGCAUGCAAUGACCUUCAUUCCGCUGUAGUUUGUAACAAUGGCCAGCUGCUGACAUGGGGGAAAGGUGGACCAUGGCUGGGCUAUGAUUGCCUCUCCAAGGAAACAUCUCCUAGACUUGUUCAAGGUCUAGAUGAUAUCAAAGUUGUACAAGUAUCUUGUGGGCUAAAACAUACUCUAGUGUGCUCUAAGAAUGGCAAAGUAUUUUCAUUUGGUAACAAUGAUUACGGCCAGUUGGGAGUAAGCGACAUCGCAAGUACAGCCAAACCAGUAUGUGUUUCAGCUCUGUCAGAUCACUUGAUCGCAAAGGUAGCGUGUGGUGACGACCAUAGUGCUGCCGUAGCAGACUUUGGAGCUCUAUGGCUUUGGGGCUGCAAUGAGUAUGGUCAAGUUGGAAAUGGUACAUUUGCCAAUACAUCUAAACCCUCGCUGUUUUCCAUGACAGAUCUCAGACAUGAAGCAGUCAUUGACGUCAAAUGUGGGGCUCGUCAUACCGUCUUUCUUACAAAGAAAGGAAAGACGCUAAGUUUUGGAGAUAAUUCUGAGGGUCAGCUAGGAAUUCGACUGGAUAAGAAACUAGAAGGACAGACGCAAUUCAACUUUGCUAUAAGAGUUCAUAUUCCAACAGACUCCAAAGCCAUGCAUAUUGCGUGUGGUGCCUACCAUACAGCAUUAGUUACAGAUGGUGGUGAAUUAUUUACUUGGGGGCGAGGUAGAGGAGGAAGACUGGGUCAUGGUGAUGACAGAAUAAGAUAUUUACCGAGCAAAGUCGAGGCAGUAGAGGACAAGCAUGUCAGGUUUGUGUCGUGCGGUGCCGAACACACCGCAUGUACGGUCACUAGAGCCUGGGUACCGGACGAAGAAGUCAAGACUUGUAUGGCAUGUAAAAUCAAAUUUACGACUGUCAGGAGACGGCAUCAUUGUCGCAAAUGUGGUGGUGUUUUCUGUGGGGCUUGUACUUCAAAACGUAUUCCUAUUCUAAGUCUUGGAUACAGCAAUCCAGUUCGUGUCUGCGAGAAAUGUUACACUUUGAUAUCUGGGGAUUCAUGAAUGCUUUAGAAUCUAAUCAUGAAAAAUGGUGGAAAAGACACGUCCGUAUAUAACAGUGAAAUGCAACAAGGAAGGGAUAUUUUACGGAGAUAUAAAGCUAGAUAUAUUUUAUGUGUACUUGGAACUGUGGAUAUGGACCUCAGCCUAGGGAAAAAUUGCCCAACAAAUCCUCAACCUUGUAAAAUUGUCUUACUAGUAUGGAAAUCCAGCGUGACACGAAGAAAAAAAGAAAGGGAUGGGUAUUUUUGUAACUAUAACUACCAAAAUGGGUGCAAAGAUUUGAUUGAGCCAGAAAUGGAUCACCAAAAGAAGAAAAACACAGUAGGGACUUGUUGCUAUACCGUUACCUGGUUACAUCCAUUUUAUUCAGUCCGUCUUUUCCAUCAGGAAAUCAAACACCACGAGAAGGAAAAACAAUCACGAACAGACUGUUUAUGAACAAAUGUGGAAAGUAACAACAUUUGAUGUAAGCUAAAAACCAAGAGUACCGCCGGCAUAAUACACAACGGCGAUUUUGCCUAAAUAAUCCGAAGCAUUGUGGAAAAAGGUCUAAAUUUCUUAUAAAUGGAUGAUAAGUAAUAUAUCUGACAAUUGUGUCACUGAAUCCAAAGCUUGAGAAAACGCACAGCUGGAGAAAAACGUCCCGAAGCAAAUAACUUGAAGAAAGUCAUAUUUUCAUUUUACCAGCAGUAGGAGUCCGUCCAGCUCGACACGAAUUAUUGAUACAUUAAAGUGUUUAUUAUAUCAAUGAAAGCGAAACUAUAUGAAAGAACAUUCAAGAACAUUGUCCAUGCCGUCCGUGAGUGUGUCAGUCAGGUUUUCCAUGGCUGAGUACUGACGUAUUGAUACUCUACGAAAAACAAACGCACGUCCUCCGGCCAUAUUAAUUAAAACUGAGAAAAAAAGCAAGUUUAGAAGAUACCUCCUACAUGCUAAAUAUUAAUACUAGCAGAAAAGUGGUCAUUGUAGGCAAAAGGGUUAGGUAACUUAAGAUUGUGCGGAAUAUCACGAAGUCAGAAGUAUAUAUAAACAUUGUCACGUUGAGAUGGUGUGUUUGUAGUCAGCCAUUGUGACUGAUUCCUUUCCGUUCGUUAUUUGUGUGGUUUCUGUCGUCGCUGUUAUGGCCUAAGGGCACAUCAUUACAACAAAACAUUUCUUUAUCAAAUAAUAUAUAUAUAUAUUUAGCAUUCUACCAGCUCGAUAUUGUAAAGUUGUAUGUGAAUUUUUUUAUUGUAAGGUAAACUGCAAUUGUUUGAAUUGAAUUCAUUUUCUGUAUUA